AUGGCCUUCAAAAACUACUAUAUCCACCUCCUCACAAUCAUCUCCCUCACAGCAACCCGUCUUCUCCAGCCUGGCCUGACCUCGGCCAGCCCGAACAUAACUGCCGUCUUUGCUUUCGGAGACUCCAUACUCGACCCAGGCAACAACAACCAUAUCCCCACGGUAUUCCGAUCAAACCACCUGCCCUACGGCCUCGACUUCCCGGGCCGUAUUCCCACCGGCAGAUUUUCCGACGGGAAACUCCCCAUGGACCUCAUCGUGGACCACCUAGGCAUCAAGGAUCUGCUACCGGCCUACCUGGACCCGGCCCUAAAUGAUUCGGGCCUGCUAACAGGCGCCAGCUUUGCCUCGGCUGGCAUGGGCUUGGACGACCUGACGGCGGCUGAGGCCCACGUGUUGACCAUGAAUGCUCAGCUUGGGUACUUCAAGCAGGCCUUGGGCCGGAUGACGAGUGCUGUGGGCCGGGAGGAGGCGGGCCGGGUCGUGGGGAAUGCAGUCUUUGUGGUGGGCGCCGGGACAAACGACAUGUUGUACAACUUCUACUUGCUGCCGGUGAGGAGAGGCAUGACCGUGUCCUGUUACCAGGAUUUGCUGCUGACAAAUCUCAAAAAUGCUAUAACGAGAUUGCAUGGCAUGGGAGCGAGACGUGUGGCGGUGAUCGGGCUGCCGCCGGUGGGUUGCCUGCCGGUGCAGGUGAUGGUCGGCAGCUUGUCGCCCAGCCCGCACAUGUUCAAGCGCGUGUGUGUGGACAAGCAGAAUUCGGACUCGCAGGCCUACAACACCAAGCUCCAGGGGAUGUUAUCCCGUUUGGGCCAAACGCUGCCGGGCUCGAGGAUUGCGUACGUGGACAUUUACAAUCCCAUUAUGGACAUGAUCAAUAGUCCCGCUGCAUAUGGGUUCGAGAGGACGCUUGAUGGGUGCUGCGGGGUUGGGUCAAUCGAAAUGGGCCCACUUUGCAAUGAGCUUGUGCACACGUGUCGGGACCCGUCGAAGUAUAUAUUCUGGGACGCGGCUCACCCGACCCAAGCUGCUUACACCGUUCUUUCCAGAAACUUCCAGAACAAUGUUCUUCCCGCGCUUUUGAGCUAG